GGCGGCAGCCAAGAUGGCGGACGGGGAGGAGGUGACGCUGGACGGGCGUCCGCUGCAUCUGCUGCGCGUGGCCGACCUGAAGGCGGCUCUGGAGCGGCGCGGGUUGGCCAAGAGCGGUCAGAAGAGCGCGUUGGUGAAGCGGCUGCGCGGGGCGCUGAUGCUGGAGAACCUCCAGAAGCACUCAACCCCCCACGCCACCUUCCAACCCAACUCGCAGAUUGGGGAGGAGAUGAGCCACAACAGCUUCAUCAAGCAGUACCUGGAGAAGCAGCAGGAGCUGCUGAGGCAGCGGCGCGCCAGGGAGGCCAACCCCGACCCUUCGGGGCGCAGCUGUGAGGAUUCGGACGAGGAGAGCGGGCGGCGGCGCAGCGAGAGGGGAAAGCAGGGCCGCGGCCCCAAAGCCCCCGAGGGCGGAUCCCGCAGCCGCCGUGGGUCGCGACCCCCCCAAAAAGGGGGGGAGGAGGAGGAGGAGGAGGAAGAGGAGGAGGAGGACGAAGAAGAGGACGAUGACGAGGAGGAGGAAGAGGAGGGCGGCAAGCCUGGCCCCGCCCCCUGCCAAGCCCCGCCCCCCGCCCCUCAACCCACGCCCCCAUUCCAACAGGCCACACCCCUUCCGCUUGACCCGCCACUCCCAUUGGACGAAACCCCGCCUAUCACAGCUGAAGCCCCGCCCACAGAUGAGCAAGCCCCGCCCGCAGAGGCCGAAGCCCCGCCCACUGCCCCCGAGGCCACGCCCACAACGGCUGAACCCCCGCCCAUCGACACACAAACCACGCCCACCCAGCCCCCGACUCCACCCCCUGAUCCCGAGGCCACGCCCACUCAGAUGGAGACCACGCCCACAGAAGCCGAAGCCCCGCCCCCUGUGGUGGAACCCACAGCUCCAUCUGAAGCCACGCCCACUGUCAGCAUAGCCACGCCCCCUCGGGAGGAAACCCCGCCCCCUUCGUCCUCUCCCCCUCUGCCCUCAGCGAAGGGGGCGGAGCCUGCGGCCACGCCCACAGUAGAAGAGCCAAUCCCGCCCCUCCCGAGCCAAGAGCCCGCCCCUGAGGGCGGAGCUACCAUGGAAGUCACGCCCACAGCAGAGGCCCCACCCCCUUCUUCACCCCGGGGGCGCAGCCAAUCAUCUUCCUCCUCCUCGCCUGGCCCCGCCUCCUCUCGCGGAAGCUCCGCCUCCCCACCGCCGCAGGGGCGUGACCAAAACGCUGAGGGCGAGCAGCCGGAGCCGACCCCAGCUACGACCCCCAAGCAGGAGCCGGCAGCACCCAUGGAUGUGGGGCCGCCCCCCGAGCGCCCCCCGGACCCCGAGGCUCAGCCCAAAUCCUUCCGGAGGAAAAUCGCACUCGCCAAAGGGGCGGGGCCAACGGAUCCGGAGGCGGGGCCAACGGCGGGGGCGGGGCGGAAGCGGCGCUGGGGCAGCGUGAUGGGAGGGGCCGGGAGGCGAUCGCUCAGCAUCAGCACCGACAGCCUGAAGAGCCUGGUGCCGGGACUGCGGGCGGAGGCGGUGUUGGAGCUGCACCCCCCCGAAGACGCCCCGAUUUCGGAGGAGGAAGAAGGGGGGGGGGGCCCAGGAGGGGCCCCAAUAGCGACGCAGGGGGGGGGAGGGGCACACGAAGCCACCCCCCCACCCCGGGAGCCCCCCCUCAAAAUCUGCCGCACCGUCACGCAGGUGGUCCCGGCGGAGGCGACGGAGAACGGAGGGGGCGGGGCUGAAGGGGGCGGGGCUUCGGCGGAGGGGGCGGAGCCAAAGCAGCAAGCCCCGCCCGCCGGCCCCGCCCCUUCGUCUGGCCCCGCCCCUUCCGGUGCCGGAGGGGAGGAGGAGCCCAAAGGGCGCCGCUCGGUGGCGCAGCAGCGGCGCGGUGUGACGGUGACCAUCGACGACCCGGUGCGAGCCGCCCCGCGCCCCUCCCCCCCCCGCGCCCGCCCCACCCCCAUCGUCCAUCUCUGCAACCUGGUGCGGCCGUUCACCCUGGGGCAGCUGAAGGCCCUUCUGGGCCGCACGGGGACACUGCGGGAGGAUGGAUUCUGGAUCGACCGCAUCAAAUCCCACUGCUACGUCACCUACGCGUCGGUGGAGGAGGCCGCGGCCACGCGGGAGGCGCUCCAUGGGGUGCGAUGGCCGCAGUCCAACCCCAAAGUGCUGGCAGCCGACUUCGCCGAGCAGGAGGAGCUCGACUUCCACCGCGGCCUCUCAUUGGACGGCGCCGGCACGUGGGCGGGGCCAGGAGGAGGAGGAGGCGGAGCCGCGGGCGCGGUGGGCGGGACUUCCGGCGGGCCGGCGGUGGGCGGGGCCUCGCAGGGGGCGUGCCCCCGAGGCUCGGGGGCGGGGCUUCGCGAGGGGGCGGGGCUUCGGGCGGAGCGGGAGCGCGCAUUGGCUCGCCGGGAGAGGGCGCGGGGGGAGCGCGAAUGGGAUCGCGACAAAGGGGCGGGGCCUGCGCCGAGCCCCGCCCCCGCCCAACCCGGCCACGCCCCUUCGCCCGGAGGCUCCGCCCCCGCGUCAGGAGGAGGCUCCGCCCACCGGGACUCCAGGCCACGCCCCUCCAGGGGAGGGGGAGGGGGAGAGAGGGGGCGGCCCCGGGAGCAGCGCCCCGAAAAGAGAGAGAAAGCCCCGGAAGAGCCCCCUGCAAAACUAUUGGACGAUCUCUUCCGGAAGACCAAGGCGGCGCCGUGCAUCUAUUGGCUGCCGCUGACUGACAGUCAGUUCACGCAGAAGCAGGCGGAGCGCCAGGCCAGGGCGCGGGAACGGGAGAGGCGCCGGAAGGAACAGGAAGAGGCGGAGCUUCGAGCCCGGAGUGGGCGGGGUCACGACAAAAGGGGCGGGGCUUCCAGCCGGGAUCGCCCAUCAGGAGGCGGGGCCACGCAGCCUUCGGCCAAUCAGAGCGCGACGCCCGGCCCCGCCCCCCGCUCCAAGAGGCGGAGCCGCAGCCGCAGCACUCCCUUAAGGGACCGGGGGGGGCGGCGCUGAGCCCAGAAUUGGGGGGGGGGGUUUGACCCAAAAUUGGGGGGUUUUGACCCAAAACUUGGGGGUCCAGCCUCGGUUUGAGGCCGUUUGGGGUCUGAACCCCUUAAAUUUGGGGUAAAAAAGUGCUUCUUUGGGACCCAACGCUGAGGGAUUUCGGCCCGAAAGUUGGGAGGUUUAGUCCCAAAAUUGGGGGGUUUUGGCCCAAAAUUGGGGGGUUUUGACCCAAAAUUUGGGGGUCCAGCCUCGGUUUGGGUUCUGAACCCCUCAAAUUUGAGGUUCUGGGGAUAAAAAAGUGCAUUUUUGGACCCAAAAUCCGGGCAUUUAGACCUAAAAUUAGGAUGUAGACCCAAAGUUGGAGCAUUAGACCCAAAAUUGGGGGGUUUUGACCCAAAAAUUGGGUUUUUUGACCCAAAAUUGGGGGGUCCAGCCUCGGUUUGGGGUCUGAACCCCUCAAAUUUGGGGGUUUUGGGUAAAAAAGUGUAUUUUUUGGACCCCAAAUCUGAGCAUUUAGACCCCAAAAUGGAAGGUUUAGACCCCAAAUUUGACCCCAGGUUUGUUUUUACCUAAAAUUAUGGGGUUUUGACCCAAAUGUUGGGGGUCCAGCCCUGCUUUUGAGGCCGUUUGGAGUCUGAACCCCUCAGAUUUGGGGGUUUGGGGUGAGAAAACCGAUUUUCUGGCACAAAAUCCGUUGAUUUGGACCCCAAUAAUUGAAGCAUGGACCCAAAAUUGGGGGAUUUAGACCCGGAAUUGCAUCUUUUGGCCCCAAAUGGUUCCUUCUGACCCCAAAUUUGGGGGAUUUCAGCCCCAAAUUUGGCUCUUCCGACCCCAAAUUGGGCCCCGGAAGCCCAAAUUUGGGAAUUCUGACCCCAAUUUUGGAGCUCCGAACCCCAAAUUGGAGGUUUUGGGGCUUAAAAUGGCGGCGCUGUCCCCAAAAUGUAAUAAUAAAUGUGACUUUAAUGCCCGAAUUUGGGGUUUCGGACCCAAAAUGUGGCUUUUAAACCCCAAAUUUGGCUUUUUUGGACCCGAAAGGUGGAGGUGGAGACCCAAGGUUGGAGAGUUUGGACCCAAAAUUGGAGGGUUUGGACCCAAAAUUGGGGAUUUUAAGACCAAAAUUGGCUAUUUUUGACCUAAAAUUGGGGGCUUUUGACCCAAAAUUGAGGGCUUUUGACCCAAAAGUUGGGGAUUUUGACCUGAAAGAUGGGGGUGGAGACCCAAAAUGGGAGGAUUUGGACCCAAAACUGGGGAUUUUAAGACCAAAAUUGGCUAUUUUUGACCCAAAAUUGGGCUUUCUUGACCCAAAAUUGGGGGCUUUUGACCCAAAAUUGGAGUUUUUUGACCCAAAAUGGGGCUUUUUUGGGGGGGUGACCCACAGUGCUGUACCAUGGAGACCCCACGGGGGGAAUAAAGGCGGAGGAGUGCGGA